AAUAUAAGUUUCUUAAACCUAAAGUGUGAUUUAGAUAUAUCGAUAUAAAUAUUUUUCAUUACAAUAUAUAUUUAUAAACCGCAUAUUUUUGUUUAUUAUAAGAAUGCUUUGUAACUGUAUCGUAUCAAAAAUGCCAUUUUUUAAUUUAUUUAUGAAUCGUCUAUGUCAUCAAAAACUUAUAACAAAACAUUCUUUAAUGUGUACAACCUAUACACAUAAUUUAGCUGGAAAACAACAAAGAAUAAAAGAAAAUGUGCAACCAGUUAAUAAAUUUGUUUCAAGAUCUAAUACAUGUGGUGAAUUAAGACUUCAAAAUGUAGGAGAGAAUGUUCAACUAUGUGGGUGGUUAGAAUUUUUAAGACUUGACAAAUUUUUGAUAUUGAGAGAUUCUUAUGGUUCUACUCAAUUCAUUAUACCUGAACACAGAAAGGACUUACAAGAAAUAGCUAGGAAUUUGACCUUUGAAAGUAUAUUGAGCAUAGAAGGUAUCGUAUUAAAAAGACCAGAGGAUCAAAAGAAUAAGUGCAUGGGAACUGGAGAUAUUGAAGUAGAAAUAAAAUCCUUAAAAGUUUUAAACAUGGCAAAUUCAAAAAUUCCAUUUAUUAUUAGAGACUAUAAUAAGGCAAAUGAAAAUGUACAAAUGAAGUAUAGAUACAUAUCAUUAAGAUAUACUGAAUUACAAAAGAAUUUAAGAUUACGUUCAGAAGUGAUAAUGAAGAUGAGAGAAUACCUAAUUAAAGAAUGCGAUUUUGUGGAUAUUGAAACUCCAACAUUAUUUAAAAAUACUCCUGAAGGAGCACAUGAAUUUAUAGUUCCAACAAAACUCUUGGGCCAAUUUUAUUCAUUAGUACAGAGUCCCCAACAAUUUAAACAAUUAUUAAUGGUUGGUGGCUUUGAUAGAUAUUUUCAAGUUGCAAGAUGUUACAGGGAUGAAAAGCCUAGAUAUGAUAGACAACCUGAAUUUACACAGCUGGAUAUUGAAAUGUCAUUCGUUGAUUGUGAAGGAAUAAUGAUGUUAAUUGAAAACUUAUUAGCCUAUUCUUGGCCUCAAGAAUCAGGAAAAUUAACUAUUCCUUUUAAACGCAUGAAAUAUGAGGAUGCAAUGGAAUUAUAUGGUACAGACAAACCAGAUUUACGAAUACCACAACAACUUUGUAGACUGACGGAAUUAAUUGAUCAUUCAGUAUUAGAACAAAGUUUAAAAAUGGAACAAAAUGAACACUGUGAAGUUUAUGCUCUAGUUUUUUCCCAAAAACAUGCUUUUCUUACGAAAUCUAUCAAAGAUACUAUAUCUGAACUACAAUGUACUUAUUUCCCUUCUGUGAAAUUAAUACAAACAAAGAUACCUAACAAAUCGCCAGUAAUAACAAAUAUUAUUGAUAAAAAUGUACAACAAAAGUUAAAUUUAGAAAAAGGAGAUGUACUGUUCUUAGCUUGUGGAGAAAAAGUACACACACAAUCACUAUUAGGAAAAGUACGUCUUGAAUUUACAAAGUUCUUAGAAAGUAAAGAUCAAGAAAUCUAUACUAGUAGCAAUGAAUUAUUAUGGAUCACUGAUUUCCCUUUAUUUUCGUUUAAUACUAAACAAAAUUCAUUAGAAGCCAUGCAUCAUCCAUUCACGCAACCUCAUCCAGAUGAUAUGCAAUAUCUUAUAAACAAUCCACUGAAGGUUAGAGGAUUGCAUUAUGAUUUGGUUAUUAAUGGUUUCGAGAUCGCAGGAGGAUCGAUACGAAUCCAUGACUCAAAAUUACAAAAACAACUAUUUAAGAUGCUAAAUAUAGAUGAAACACACUUAAUGCAUGUACUUGAUGCUUUAGAAUCUGGUGCUCCACCUCAUGGUGGAAUUGCUAUAGGAUUGGACCGUUUAAUGUGUUUGCUCUGUAACACAAAAAAUAUAAAAAACGUGAUAGCAUUUCCAAAAACUACUACAGGUCGAGAUUUAAUGUCAGGAGCUCCAGUUUCCAUUUCUGAGGAAAUAAAAAAAUUCUAUAAUAUACAGACGGUAGACAAAUAAAACAAUAUUCAAAAAGUA